AUUUUGACAUGCCAACAUUGCCAACGUCAAGUUUAUAUGUCGUUUUUAACCAAAAAUAAACAUCGGUUACAAGAAAAUAAAAAUUUGAAGCAAGCAAUAUGGGCGAUUAUAUUAACAGCAAUCAAUCAGAAUUUUAUUGGUCCCAGCAAAACCAAACGCCUGUUGUAAGCCAAACAUUUUAUGAACAAGAUUAUUCGCAAUUUACGAAUCAACAGCUAGAAUUCAACACAGCUGAUGACUAUGGCGACCAAAAUUUUUCCACUUACCCCACACAGAUGCUAAUACCCGAUCAAUACAACAAUGAACAUAAAGGAAUCGAUGAAUUUGAUGAGCCACCUUUAUUAGAGGAACUGGAAAUUUAUCCCGAUCGUAUCCUAGAGAAAGUGCUAGCAGUAUUGAAUCCUCUAAGAGGACAUAGCCUAACCGAUGACGCAGAAUAUCUCACUAAAGAAUCUGACCUGGCAGGACCUAUCAUGUUCUACUUGAUAUUAGCCGUUGGAUUAUUUUUGGCAGGGAAGAACGCACACUUUGGAUACAUUUAUGGCAUAUCUAUGAUUUCAAGCAUAUUAAUGUACUGUUUACUCUCGUUAAUGGCAUCUACGAGUAACACAUUUACGUUAAGCACGGUUGCAAGUAUCUUAGGUUAUUGUUUGAUUCCGAUUAUGGCACUAUCUUUAUUAGGGGUGUUCUUUAAACUCAGUGGUCCUGCAGGUCUUAUUUUAGCAGUUCUAGCAGUAAUAUGGUCAAGUAUAUCAGCCUCGAGACUAUUUGUAGCAAUUUCGGGUGAUAAACAGCAACAGCCAUUAAUAGCCUACCCUUGUCUGCUGGUUUAUGGAGUGUUCAUUUUAUUAGUGGUGUUUUAAAAUUACUUUUAAGUAGCAUUAAAUAUUUAAAUAUAUAUUUUUAAAUCA